CCGGGCAUUUACAUUGUUGAGGCAACUUCAUCCCUGGCUACGAUCGAAGCAUGUCUGCGAACACGCUGAUUCUAAUGCCGCGUCUUAGACAGACGCUGAAAAGUUAGCUUCAAUCUUAGUCGCUUUCCACACGUCACCUUCGGCAAAUAAUGUUCCCGGCAAGCGUUAAAACACCGCGGCUCUCAUGGAAAAAGACAAAAGUCGCUAAAAGGUCCAACGUCACGUUUUGCGCAGGCAGCCUAAGCGAAUAAGCCUGACUGGCGCCGAUGGACUAAGGCGUUUUCACGUAUAGUGUGAGCAUGUUGGCGUUAUUGGUGGAACUUAUUUUGUGCGGCUGCUGCCUCGCCGGAGAUUCUGGCUUUACUCUGACCGUGUUGCACACAAAUGACGUGCACGCACAUAUUGAAGAAAGCACCAAGUACGGUGCCAUGUGCAGCGACAACGAUAAGAAAAACACGAACUGCGUUGGAGGCGUUGCUCGGAUCAAGGAAAAGGUCACCGAAUUGAAGAAACAAUAUCCAGGAGCCUUAUUCAUGAAUGCCGGUGACUUCUUCCAAGGAACCGAAUGGUACACUGUGCUGAAGGAAAAAAUCAUAUCGGCCGUCAUGUCAAAAAUGGAUUACGAUUACGUGUGCCUUGGGAACCACGAGUUCGACGAUGGGCCAGAAGCGCUCGCGCUGUUUCUUCUAGCCAUGAAAAAGGCUAACGUGACUGUCGUAAGCACGAAUACUGACUUUUCGAAGGAACCGGCUUUACGAAAUAUCAGCCUUCCCAAAUCAGUGAAGAUCAAUGUGAACGGCGUAUCAGUGGGCAUUGUCGGUGCAGUACUUCCCGAAACUCGAUUUCUGUCGAAUACUGGUAAAGUGGAGUUUGAAGAUGAAAUCGCGAGCUUUAAACGAGAAGCAGAAAAGCUCGAGAACGAGGGUGUGAACGUGAUUGUGGCAAUAACACACUCGGGAUACCCACGAGACAUCGAAAUCGUGAAGCAAGUGAAGCAAUUGGAUCUGCUCGUUGGUGGACACACAAACACGUUUCUGUAUCAUGGUGAAGGCUAUCCCAAGGAAAACGUUCCAGAAGGAGACUACCCUACCAUCGUGAACAGAAGUGACGGUAGCAGAGGUCUUGUCGUGCAAGAAUACUGGUUCGGAAAGUUUCUCGGCUUUUUGCAGGUCAACUUUGACAACGAAGGACAAGUUGUAAACUGGACAGGAAAUCCAAUCCUGCUAAACAGUUCAGUGGAACAAAACCAAGGUAUGCUGGACCUCAUCGAAUGCUACAAGAACAACGUGACGCGAGCCAUCAGUGAGGUCAUCGGCCACUCGAAGGUGAAGCUAGAGCAGUCGGACAGUAUAUGCCGGCUACGCGAAUGCAACCUGGGGAACUUGAUAGCGGACGGCUUCUUCGCCUACUACGCGGACAAGGAAAGCAGCGAGGCCGAAUUCUGGUCUGACGUCAACGGCGCCCUUUUCAACGGAGGCGCCGUCCGCGCGCCCAUUCCUCAAGCUGAUCCAAUAACGAUGGGUCACAUAUUGGCUACAAUGCCUUUCGGCAUGUCGGUCGUCAUCAUGACACUCAAUGGCUCCGAGCUGCGAAGCAUGUUUGAGUACUCAGUCUCUGAGUACAGUUUCACCAAGAAGCAGGGCCGAUUCUUGCAAGUAUCGGGUAUUCGUGUGACGUAUAACGUGAAGUAUCCUCGUAACUGUCGCGUCGUAUCACUACAAGUCCUGUGCAGAAUGUGCAGAGUGCCACGAUACGAGGACGUAAGUGACACCGGGGUCUACCGAAUUGUCACUACCGACUACAUUACGAGGGGAGGAGAUGGCUAUAAGAAAGCAACGAACGCCACAAGCGGAGGUCCUGCAGACUACUCAGUUCUUGUGAGCCACGUCAGGAAGAUGACGCCGGUGAAGUCGGCCAUUGAGGGACGCAUAACAAUUUUCAACGGAUCUGAACGUGUAACAAUUCCAGGCGACUCUGUCAACAACCCAUCGCUCAGGAGGAAAGAGACGCUAUCCGCAAGGCUACUUCCAGGCCACAUAGAAAAACAGAAAUAUCCGCAUAAGAGUAUUUCUUACUUAAUAGCGCAAUUCUUUAAAAGGAAGAUUUAAUUUUAGACGAAUAAAUGUUUAAUCGGCGC